UUAAAUAUCUGCCGAUUCUAUCCCGUCUCAUCCUCCGGCCCGUCCCUUUUAUGUCGAGAUACUUUAUUCUUUUCAAAACUGACCUAACCUUAAAUGCUUAGACCUCUCAACGGCCUCGCGAUGUCGGUGGAAGCUUUGCGAGUCGGCGUGGCCAUGCCAACCAGCUGUCCAUAUCUGAUCCGACCCAUCACAUAACCGAGACCAUCGGGACCAUGUACGGCGAUGACGAUGACUACUCGAACAAUGAUCUACGCCCUAUGAGCUUUAUCGCGGCUCCCGCCGGCGGCGGUGAGCAGAUAACCCAGCGUUACGAUGUAGACCCUCCUUCUCCAGAAGAACGUCGACUUCCCCUUAUCCGGACCACUUCGGAUAAUACUGGCUUGCAACCCUCAGUUGGUCCUGUAACGAAUGGGAAUUCUUUACAGAAAUCGCAAACUCUCCCCGGUCGAAUAUCGAGCCAAAAAAGUACAAAUUCGAGAAAUAGCACUUACGAGUCGGGCCCCAAAUCACCUAUCACUCCCUUGUCACCCACGCUGCGCGAUAUGCGUGAAGAUGCCGAGCAGUAUCCGAUAACCAACAUCGAUAAUCCGAACGAUAUUGCCCAAGAGCUGAGCAACUUACAAGCGUUACGGCGCAUGUCCAUGGAUGUCUCUAACAACAGUGAUCCUGACUUGCUUCCCUUUCAGGGAAUGUCUUUAGUGGCAAUGCCGUCGAUAGCACCGAAGGGGGACGACGAAGGAGAUCCUUCGAGGCUCUUGUGGGUUCCCGCCAAUGUCCACCCGGAGUUGGCUCCAACUGAGUUCAAGAAUUUUGUUGAGAAGAGGGUACAAUCCAUGAAGCGGAGGUCUGGAGAAUCCUCGCUCUCCGUAGAUGGUCUGGACAGGAGUAAUUCGAGCGGGUUACGGAGGAAGAAGUCCAUGCUCUCCAGACAAGUUCAUAACACGGGAGGUCAGGGCGCAGAAGGAUAUGCGGAUGGUGCCGAGAGACUAGAAAGGAAUAAGUCUCUAAGACAGUCGGGACAAGGCCCCUCGGAGCUCAGCAUCGAUGAGUUGGUGAAAGACCCAUCGAAAGUUAUCCAGAAGCUCACUCUUGAGUCGCAGCGCCAAGACGGAGGUAGCGAAAUAUCAAAUGUGGAUGAUAUGCCCAUUCUACCCGUUACGCCAGGCAUGGGCUUACGUCGAUCGACCCGUACUACUUACCGAAAGGGUGGCAGUCUAAAGAAUCGACAUAGCGGUUCGCUCAAGUCGGACGAACGUCUUCCUUUCUCGAAGCGCGCAGCAUCAAAGAAUCCCGAAGAAGACUCUGGCAUCAUGUCUGGCAGUGAAUCAACUAUCGAAGCACCACCAGGACACGGUUUAACUCGCGUACAAUCAGAACCUAUCUCAGAUGGCUUUACGCGACCGUCAAAGGCUACGCGGCGCCAGGAAUCCUUUUCCAAAGACACGUCAGAUAUGUACGAAGCCUCCGAACAACAAGAUUCCCAAGAGUCAACUCAAGCUGUUCCUAGGCCGCAAGGACCAACCCGUACGGCCUCUGUCGACGCCAUCAAAACCUCGGGCUCGACACCACAAAUUCCCGAGGAGCCCGCGGAGGAAGAAGAGCGUUCUGGAGCACAACCUAUGGAAAUUAACAGACCCUUCCCCGAACGAUCAUCUUCGCAACAAAAUCCUGUUCAGCAUCUACCACAAACGCCAGCAGCCCUUGCCGAACCCCCCGCGCGUUCAAGUAAGAGACCAAACUACAAUCAACCGCAGGCUGCAGGCGGGACCUCACAGCCAGCUAGGACUCCCAAUAGUCCUAACCGACCGCUCAAUGACAUGUCGCAAAGUCCAUCGCCUUUCCCCGUUAGCAGCGCCACCAGUACUGAGGCCUUAACUUUUAUCCCUACGUAUUCUGCACCUGAGGAGAAGAAACCAGAAAAGAAGGGUAAGAAAGAUAAGGGCGAAAGCGAAAGUGAAAAAUCCAAGUCCACAUCCUGGAAAUGGUUCAAGAGUGAUGACAAGGAAAAGAAAAAGAAGGAGGAUGAGAACAAGAAGUCUAGGGCUAAGGCACUUGUGGAAAAGGCCCACGACAACGUUCGCCUCGAUGUCCUUCAAACCUCGAUCGAUACAGCCAUCAACAAGGGACGAGAGAGCCUGUUACUUGACCGUGAGAGUGUCGACAGCAAGCUAGAAGAAGAGAGGAAGAAGGACAGUCGAAAAUCUACCGAUCAGAAGAAAGAAAAGGAUGGCAUCUUCGCCUCGUUCUUCGGCAGUAGCAAGAGAAAAAGCGAAAGAGAUUCGGGCAGUAGGAAACAUCAAGCUCAAAGAUCAUUGUCGCCUGAACCGACUCCAUACCGACCCCAACGGCCUGAUGUUGACUAUCACUGGACUAGGUUCCCUCUCUUGGAGGAACGGGCUAUCUACCGAAUGGCGCAUAUUAAGCUCGCUAAUCCUCGCCGUGCCCUCUACAGUCAAGUCCUGCUUAGCAACUUUAUGUAUUCAUACUUAGCAAAGGUCCAGGCGAUGCACCCUCAGAUACAAGUUCCCCAGUCACCUCAGCAGAAGAGAUUGCAAGAGGAGGAAAGACGGCGACGUGAGCAGGAACAACAGUACUUGGAGCAGCAGCAAGCUCAGGAGAACAUGGAUCAAUACAAUUUUGAAUACCAUCGAUCAAACCAACAGCAAUACGGUGAUCCUAGCAUGCAGCACGAAGCAGGAGAUUAUCCAGAAGCAGCUGAAGUCUACGACUACGGGCACAACAACAAGGAUCAGACAAACCGCGACAGUGACUAUCAGGAUGCUGAUUAUAACAGCCAGGACGCAGAUAAAGACUAUUACUCCACUUACGUGCAAUACCACAGCGAAAACGGCCGCCGCCAGCAGCAGCAGUCGGGAGAGGGAGAAAUGUGGUGAUAGCCCUAUAGGCCAAGCAGGGAUCGAUAAGCACACACUUGCACCACAAUCAUGUCAGUGCAUAACCCCGUGGCUUCGGCCGCGUGAACCUGCUACGGAUUUCGUGAAGGGUAUUUUAUCAGGAGCCCAACGAAAGCCAUUAGCCCAUCCCUUAUAUCCACUCCA